AUGCACAAGGCAAGAGAUGGCUGUGAAGAUCCCCCAACAACUGUUGGAGCUCUCCACCCUGUUAUCCAUGGUCAGACACUCAAAUACAACAUGGAAGUUAAGGUCUGGUAUAGGAUUUUUCUUGAGGAACUUCAGGUUGGUGUGUCUGCCCCCGAGGAAUUGGCUACAGCAACACAAGUUGAUGCCUACAUGCCUGUUGCGCGUGACAAGCCAUCUGUAGAUCUUGUCAAGGUUAUUGAAGAGAUGAAGUCAUUCAAUGCCUCUACGUGUGGAGCAGAUGAAUGCGCGUCACAUUGGUGCUAA